ACUAAAUGGGCGGACAUGUGUCUCGCGCAACGGGUACAAAAAUGUUUUUAUUCACUUUUCCUCUCUGGGUUAAGGAUUCCUUUCUUAUUUCAUUUCCAGUUUCAUCCUGUUAUCCUUCCAUCUCUCACACAGUUAUGAUUAUUGCGCCUUUCUCUGGUCUGGUAUCCGAAGUGUGUUCGGACAUGCCUUCCGACGCCUUACCACUUUCUUCCUUCCGAGGCAUCCACCAUGCCUCGCACCCAGACACAUCCCCGCUGUCCCCACUUCUAUCCACCCUGUCAUCAUCGUCGUCAGUGUCAUUGGUCAUUGAGCUGGGUACCUGCCUGAUAGCAUCUGUAGACACAUGGAAGCCAUGAGAUGGAGUCCACCCGA